AAGCUGUACCCACGGGCGUUGAACUACCUGGAGAUCCUCAAUCACAAGAAACAGACGGAUGAGUAUGCCUCUGAAACUCUACAAUACAACUAUGAGAUGUCGCAGAAGUUUCGGGCAAACUUCGAGCUCUUGACGCAGCAGCCCGAGAUCUCGCUCGGCUUCCGCAUCAAGUUGAUUGAGUUCUUGUUCAAGAUCGCGAUGAAGUUGAAGAUCACACCGUUUGUGACGUUCAAGGCUGUCAAGUUGUUUGACCGUUAUUGCUCGAAGCGCAUUGUGCUCGGCGACCAGUCCCAGCUCGUCGUCUGCACGUGCUUGUGGCUUGCGGCUAAGAUCACCGGGGGCUACCACCAGUCCUCCUACGCUCCACACUCCAACAUCCUCCUCAAAAACAAGCCUGAGCUUCCCACGCGGGACCUGAACUUUCGCUUGCCAAAGUUGAUCGAAUUUGUCAAGUUGUGCGGCAAGUCAUGCAACUACGAUGAGGGCAUGUUCGUGCAGAUGGAGUUGCAUAUCCUCCAGACGUUGAACUGGGAGCUCCACGACCCUAACGUGGAUGAGUUUUUGUUGACCAUCACCGACAACCAGCACUGUCUCGUAGACGACAACCAGUACGAGGUUUACAAAAUCAAACAGUUCAUGAGCUAUGUUGCGUUGUUUGUGCCCGAGAUGAUU